GUCAGAUUCGUCACACAAUGAAAACUGAUGAAAACGUUGAAAGCCCCGAUUAUUGUGUAAUAAAGUUGAUAAACAUUGAUUAAUUAUCUUCAGUAUGGAUUCUCCGGGUUAAAUCAGGAAAAGGAAGAAUGGUAGUGCUUCUGGAGUAUAGGGAAGGUUGUAACUUUUUAAGACACCAUCGCUAAUAGAUCAAUUCAAUAACCAUGGAGAUUAUCCUGAGGCGUAUCAAACAGGGCCAGUUAACAGACGAAACUUGGUCUUUAACACAGAAAAAAAGGUAUACCGUUGGGCGCAAACGAGACUGCGAUAUAAGACUGUAUUCAAAAUUAGUGUCACGAAGACAUUGUAUAUUUCACCACACAAACGAUGGCAUAUUCGUCGAAGUUUUGAAUAGUUCUGCCGGUUUGAAAAUUAACACAAUAUCUCCAGCAACAGGAGCGAUGGUUCAGUUGAAUAACAGCGACAUCAUUAUUAUCGGACAUGAAUUCAUGUAUGAACUACAAUUUCAGGCUCUUUCGAAAUUAGAAAAUCCAGAAUUUAAAUUUAGUCCCAAUCCUGAUUUAACUGGAAAUGGGAUAAAUUUGAUCAAAAGGGAACUGGAAGAGGAUGAAUCGGAUGCCCCACAACCUAAAAAAGCUGCGAAAUUGACGACGAGCGAAACUUGUUCAGAAGCAUUAGUGCGCUCUCCAAUGGUGGAUGAAUUACGAAAUGAUUUAAUGGAUAUUUCUCCCGGAGCGAGUCCUCAAAUUACGUUCGAGAUGCUGUUCAAACCCGAGGAACAGGAUACAAAAUCUUCACUACUACCCCUUUUAGAUCAAGAAAAUUCCAGGCUAACGUUGGACAGACGAUCUUUAGAAAGUAGAUUACAAGAUUUUCAACCUGUUUUUGAAAGAGCUUUUGGUGAUUCCAUUCCCUCAUCUCAAGUAACAUCUGCAUUAGAUAACAGAAUAAAAAAUAUAGGACCCUUUAUCGAGAAGAUGUUGCAGGAAAGUUCAUCAAAAAUAAAAUUUCCUAAUUUCGCGUUGCAACCGGUUAUUAAAACAGAAACUCUAGAUCUACCAAGUGAGCCAGGUAUUCUGAAUAUUCCUGUUGAAUUCGGACCACAAAAUGAAAUUCGAGAAACAGAGCUGAAUCCAGAAACACAGCCGUUUGUUAAAAUAGAAAAUCCAGACAUUCCAGCGACUAAUUUGACGUUCUUCGCAAAUAAGACUCCGGAAAGGGAUUCUAUAAACCAGAACUUGCCUUCCGAAAACUCAGAACUUCCAUCAAGUGCAUCCCAAGAAGUUUUUCUUAAUCAGAGUUGCCUGCUUGAAAAUUCGAAGUUUCCUUCUAGGCCAAAAACCCCAGACCUGGACGAAGGAAUGCAAAUCGAGAUCGAGGAAGAGAUAAAACCCGUCCUUCCCUACCUAGAAACAGAUUCUUCCAACGACUUAAAUUUGGAGCGUAAAAUAGAGCAGAUUUGUAGUCCAACCAUGGAGGUUAAAACUGAAAAUACUAAUUUUUCGAGAGAAGCAAUGCUUCUUAGAAUUCGGACUGAUCUUGGAAUCAGGAAAAACAGUGGAUCAGUUGAUCCUUCGAUUGAGAAUCACUUUCAACCUGCCAAUGAAACUCAUCCAGAUACAUCAGAUAAUUUAAAUUUUCUUCCAGAUCAAAGCAAUUUAAGAUUUAGUAUUAAAAGAGAAAUAUCCGAACCCAUUGACGCUCCUGAAUUAGAAAUUAUUCCAGUGGAAGUAAGCUGUUUAGGAACAUUGAUAAUAGAAGAGAAUCCUAAUUUUGAACCUUUCGCUGAAGUAGCAAUCAUUGGAGAACGAAAGCCUCAAAAACGGAGGCGAAGACAUGGAAGCCCAGAUAACUUAGGAUUAAAUAAUUAUGGAUUUAAAAUAAAAGAAGAACCGCAGAUAGAGCAAAUCGAUAUAAAUAAACCAGUAAAGGAAGAACCCAGCGUAAAUUCAGUAAAUUUUUCCGAGUCGGGACCUUCACUCUAUGAAAAUUUGAAUAAAAGUUGCGAAAGUAAUUCGGAAUCUCUCGCAAAAAGGAUCAGUUCUGAGACUAUUGAUUCGUCAUUGCGGACUUCAAAGAAAAUGAAGAAGGAAUCAGGGAAUGAAAGUUCCAGUUCGGAUUCAGAAAGUUGGGAUGAUGGUUCCGUUGAUUCAGAUGCGACAACAGAUACUGAAAGUACGAACGUAGUUGCGAAAAAGAAAGUUGAAAAUGUACAUGAGAUUAGUGCUAGUAGGCAUAAGAGUUCUUCUAAACUUACAUUUACUGAAGAAAAUUUGCAAAUAACCAAAAAUCGAGAAGAAAAUCAAAUUCUUCAAAGGGCGGAGAGGCCUGAAAAGCCAGAAAAUCGAAGAUUGGAAAAAGCAAAAGCAUUCAAAAAAGGGAAAAGUGCAGUUGGAAGUGAAGUUGUGAUAUCUAAAAAAGUACAAAAUGUUCCUUAUAGGCAUAGUCAUAGCGAUAAAGAUAGGGAAGUAGUUAAUUUAAAAGAUAGUGAUAAGGGAAGGAUGAGUGAGACGGAGAAUGAUAGGAGAAAGGAAAAAAAUAAAGAUAGAGGGGACAAAGAGAGGAAGAGGCAUAAGGGAAAAGUUAGAGAUAGGAAAAAAGAAAGGACGAAUAAUAGAGAAGAGAAGGUUCACAAGGAAAUGAAGGAUAAAGAGUUCAAGGAAAAGAAUUAUAAGGAAGGCAAAAACCGAAAAAGGAAGGAAGUUGAGGAGAAAAGAAAGCCAGAUAAGAAGAAAGAAAGAAGCAGCCAUAAAGAAAAAGAAAGGAUCGAAAUUAAAGAUGAUCACAAAAGAAAGGAAAAUUCCAAAUCAAAGGAAAGCCCAAAACCAGAAGAAAGACCCCAGAAAAUCGACUUCACUCUUUCCAGAAGAUCUGAUUUGCAAGAGAGAAGUUCCUCAAAAGAAAAUUACAAACCUCCUGAAAAGGAAGAGAAGACGAUUUCAAUUGAGACGAUGAAUCGUAAUUACCUAGGCGCGAAGGUUCUUGAUGAUGAUGAUGAUCUUCCAGAAGAGAGGGGACGAUCGCUCGAUGUUAGGAGUCGUCCCAAAUCUGUGAAAUUUAAUGGACGUGGCAAGGAAUCUGAAGAUCAAGGAAUUGGACCUGCAGGUGUUAAGAAAAAGUUGAAUCUUCUGGAAUAUAAAAGAAGAUUAGCCAAUAGUGGAGAACCCCAAUCUGUCACAAGUAAUAGGGGAUCAUCUUGGGAUCAAAAUGUUAGUUCUAGAGGAUUGGAAGCUGAAGUUCGUGCACCAAGUUCUUCAGAUCCCAGAUAUCAAUCAAACUCAAGAGAACAAUAUCUCAUAAAUAACAGAAAAUUGCCUCAGGAACAGGAAUUUUGUCCUCUUGAACUAGAUAAUCAGCUUUUUGGGCCUAGCACUUCAGAUCUUAUAAAUAGGAACGUUGGAGGUCAAAUUAUUAGUACUAAAACCCCAGAAAAUAUUCGUGAACUAAAAUCUUUUGAUCCUAGAAAGCAAUCAAGGCUUGAGGAAGCCCAACCUUUUAUUAACAGCAUGGUAUCAUCUAGAGAUCAAAAUAUAAGUCUCAGGAGAUUGGAAGCUGAACUUCCGGCACCAAGUUCUUCAGAUCCCAGAAAUCAAUCAAUCCCAAGAGAGCUUCAUCUUAUGAAUAACAGCAGAUUGCGUCAGGAUCAGGAAUUUUGUCCCAUAGGACUAGAUAAACAGCUUUUUGGGCCCAGCACUUCGGAUCUUAGAAAUGAGGACUUUAGAGGUCAGAUAAUUAGUACUGAAGUCCAGGAAAAUAUUCGUGAAUCAAAAUCUUUAGACCCUAGAAAGAAAAGGCGUGAGGAACCCCAACCUUUCAUUAACAGCAUGAGAUCAUCUAGGGAUGAAAAUGUUCGUUAUAAAGAAUCGGUAGUUAAUCUUCCUGGACCAAGUUUCUCAGACUCUAGGAAUCAAUUAAAAUCAAGAGAACCUCAACAUCUUAUAAAUAACAGAGGUCUAGUUCCUAUUCAAGUCCCCUAUUCUAGUCCCUUAAAGCUGGAGAAUCAAAUUUCUGCACUCAGCUCUUCAAAUCCUAGAAAUAGGGACUCUAGAGAUCAGAUUAUUAGUCCUAAAUACAACGAAAAUAUUCGUGAAUCCAAAUCUUUAGAUCCUAGAAAGCAAUCAAGGAAUGGAGAUCCCCAAACAUUCGUCAACAAUAGGGGAUCAUCUAGGGAUCAAAAUAGAGAAUCGGAGUUUAAUCGUCCUGGACAAAGUUCCUCAGAUCCCAGGGAUCCAUUAAAUCAAAGAAAAUCUCAACUUCCUAUAAAUAACAGAAGAUUGUCCAAGGAUCAAGACAAUCAAGAUCCUAGAUCUAGCUCUUCAGGUCCUAGAAAUAAGGUCUCUAAGGAACAGAUUAUUAGUUCUAAAACCCGGGUGAAUGAGAUUCGUAAUUCGGCUUCCGUGGAUCCGAGGAAAAGGAGAUCAGAAUCUGAAUCUCAGCCUUCAAAAAGUAGGGCAGAAUCACGUGAGAAUCGUACUGAUGAAUCGCAACAGAUGUCGUCUGCCUUGAAUGAUCAAUUGCUUUUCGAGAUUUUCACUUGGGGUCCUGAAGUUUUUCUGAAUAUUCAUAAAAAGGAUAUCUUGCUCAAAAGGCUUGGAAAAAUCAAAAAGAUGUCGCUCAGUUUUGCAAAUUACGCGCAUUACUGCAAGGUUAUUUUCAACAUUUUAUGUCUGGAUGUCUCUUCCCGAAUUGAAAUAGGAUUUAUGCUCAAAGGGGAAGACAAAAAAUACGAUCAGUGUUUUAUACUACCGGACGUUAUUCCAAAAAUUCAGAUAAAGGGAACAGAAGAUAAAAAUUCUUAUUUAAUACCCUUUUACCUGAGAGUUAGCGUUCCAAAUUCUGAAGACUUCACACCGCCCCACGCAGGAGAUUUACUGCAAAUUGAACUUUUGAAUGAAGAUAAACGAACUCUAAUAGUAUUUGGAUAUAUUCACAGAAUUGAGUCAAGAGGGCCGAGUGACCAGCCAAGGAAAUUAAUAACCUACCUAGUUACGAUUAUAGAUAAACGUUUUAAUAUAUGCAAAAGUCAAAUUAAGGAAGUGUGGAAUAUUUCGAAUCUAAAAUCGGCAAUGGAAUGUGCGAAAGCUGUCUCGCAGUUGAAAGACUCACCUCUUCUUCCAUCCAUAAUCCUCCCGAAUUUAAAUAUUUCUUCAGAAGGACCGCGAAAACUCUUGAGUAGGGAUGAUUUAAUUUUUCCGGGGCCGGCUUUAGACCAAGUUCAACUAAAAGCAAUUUCGCAAAUAACAGAAGCAGUUGCAAAUCCUGAGCCUCGGCUUUGCUUGAUUGAAGGAUCUCCUGGCACGGGAAAAACAACUCUUAUUUAUCAUACCAUUUUAAAGUUACUCUGGAAACCAAAGAUUAAAAUUAAGACUGAAAGGGGAGAAGUUGAAGUGAAAGUAAAAGAGGAAAAGAUGCUUGACGAUCGACCCAAGAUAUUAGUUUGUACUUCUUCAAAUGUGGAAUUUGAAGAAAUUAUAGUGAAACUUCUGGAUGUGAAUGCCCCAGAUAAUGGUAUCAAUAUGGUCCAUGUUACUUGCAAUGAAGAACCGAGCAACCGAAUAAAAACAUUGAGUUUAGAGUAUUUGGUAACAAAGUACAUUACGAAACAGCAAACGAAAUACCACCAAAUAGAGGGCCGGAAGCCCAUCAAAGAUCAAACUCAGGUUUACAAAGAAGGAAUGGAUAAACUGAAUCAGCAAUAUGAGCAGACUGGAUGUAAAUUUACAGGACUGAAGAUGACAGUUUUCAAAGUCUUUUUUCAGGCCGUAAACAAUAAUAACAUAACGGUCAGAGAUUUGACAAGACAACAAAUGCAACCAUUGUAUGAGAUAGGAAACGUGGCGCAUUUAAUGGGCGCAAAUCUAAUUUUCUGUAAUAUUGCGAAUCUCACAAAUCACGAAGCCAUGGAGCAGUUAUCUAGGCAAAAAACCAUAUCCUUGUGUAUCGUGGACGAAGCAGCACAGAUAUCAGAAUUUGAAGCAUUGAAAACUUUAUCAUUCGGGGUGAAGACUUUGGUAAUGUUGGGAGACCAAGAAAAAAGGCCGAUGGCCAACAUUUCCAAGGAACUACAAAAUUUACGAGCAGGAAGUUCACUAUUUUCUCGUCUUACAAAGAAUUUUUCGCGCGCUAAAAGAAACCCGGUAAUGAAAUUACGAACUCAGUACAGAAUAGCGAUGGAGAUUGAACGCUGGCUGAUCCAGUCAAGGGUUUUCAUGAUGGAUACAACCUCCAAUGCGGUCGAAUUGCGAGUUCCGUUUCCGCUGUAUGCCCUGCGAAUCUUCAAUCUCAGUUUUACGGAAAACUUCAUAGACAAUGAAGCCGUAUUUUCCUCGAGGAUCAUACAGUGUAUUGCGUCUUUUGGAGAUUUGCGAAGGCUGGAAAGAAAUAUCUCAGUGGGAGUAAUUAUUUCGAAUAUUGAGGCGAAGGAACGCGUGGAGCAGGAGAUUAAAAAUGUAAUGGAAUUAGUACCAGCUGGAAGAGCGCAAAUAUUCAAAAUAGAGAUAAACACUAUUGACGGAUUUUUGAAUCAUGAAAAAGACAUUAUCCUGGCAUCCUGUCUUCGAAACAGAGAUCUCAUAACUCCUGAAGGCUUUCAACGUUUCUAUUCAACAGUGACGAGGGCAAAACAUAGCCUAAUAAUUUUCGGACGCUUCGUUAAAGUCUCCAAAAUUAAAAGAAACUGCGACUGGCACCAACUUAUUGACUACGCAAGAGAAGUCGUCACCGUCUCGGCUUAUGUCGAGUACACCGAACUCAGAAGGAGUCUUAUCAGAUAAUAUAUUUAGAUUUAAUUAAUUGACUGAUAUCAGUAUUAAGUUGGCCCGAUUUUUCUGUUGCUGAGAGAGACUUUAUAUAGUAUUAAGAUGCCAUAUUUAGCAAAGUAUUCUUUAGUUUUUUGACUGCAUUUAUGAAUGUACAUGAAUUUCCGGUUUAUAGAGGGGAAAGGCAGAGAGGUGGCGGUCGCCGUGUGGUGGCGCCAGCUAUGAAGUUGGCCUAGAAUUUAAAUAAUGCAAGGCGAAAGUGUUAAAAGAAAUAUUUGUUAAAUAAUAAUUUUCUGAUAGUUCUGGGCAAAAGAUAAUAAAUCUUUCAGGUAUUUUUAAGCUUUGGAAUUAAAAAUAAUUUGCGAAAUUCAUAAAAUUCACUGCGUUUAGACGUCUUGCCCAGUGUAUUCCUACUAACCAAAACAAAUUAUUAUUCAUGCGCAAUUCAAUUAGACGUAUAAUUAUUUGUGCAAUUUUUAAAUAUCUGAA